GAAAUGGGUGCCGCCUUAUUGGCCGCCACGAUGUGCUUCCAUGCAUUUGCAGUCGUUGUUCAGGCCAGCGUACACAUCGAACGGAUCGGAUCGGCAUCUGUUUCAAAGAACUGUGAUAACAAGCCGUGCUAUCAGGGUAAGUGUGAGAAUGAGAAGUGCCGUUGUUUCGCUGGCUGGGGCGGCCCGCAGUGUGAUCGAUGCCAUGGACGAAAUUUGUUGACCGAUGAAAAUGAGAUACUGACCGAUGGUCCACGGAACUACACAUCUUCCUCACGAUGCAUGUGGAUAAUCACGGAUGAGAAAAAUCGCGGCGCGCUUCUGUUGAAAAUUGAGUCGCUGAUAACGGAAUGUUGUUGGGAUCACUUGUAUAUCUACGAUGGAACAGGCACAAGCGGACCGCAGUUAGCUGCAUUCAGGUUCCUCUUCCACAGCUAA